AUGUUUUCAGAUAUUUCAGACUCCGGCGAGGAGACACCAGUCGUUUAUACGGCGAUUGCGGUCGCCGCUGCUGCCGCGGCAAUCAAAAUGAUGGAUGUAUCGUCCGACGAAUAUUUCACUGAAGAGGAUGCCAGCUCACAGUCCUCCGACGAUGCAACAGAAGAAGAGGAAGAAGAAGACACUAAAUACGACAAGAACGGCAAUCGUCGCGUACCGCUUCUGAGCGACUGGCCGGCACUACCAUCGCCUUCCGCAUGCAUGGUGAUUGAGCAAAGAGUCAGAAAUUUCCACCACAGCCAAGCCGAAUUGCAAAAGUCAAUCGUUGGAGCCAAGCGAACUCAGGCGAUGACAGCUGCUACCGCCGCCGAUAAUGAGCACGCGACAAAAAGGGCGAAGACGAUAGCCUCUGUGGGUCCGGCGCUGGACGCCGUGGCUAUCCAUCCGGUCCGGCUUACACCGCGGCGGUCCAAGUCGAAGCACCGGCAAGAGUUGAUGGAGGAAACCUGUGACCGGGUCACCCGCAUCCUCGAUCAGUGCACGGGCAUUAUGAAGAGCAUAGAAAAGGAAAUGCGCGACCCUAUUCAGCAGGCCAUAACCGACGUGAGGGACAAUUUUGGGCCUGAACUUGUGCCCUAUGGACUGAAAACCAUCGCAAGGCAAUUCAGAGAGACAAGAAUGGACGAGGCGUACAUGGGAUUCUCGCUGCCGUACAAACGGGCGUACCUGCAAAGGCAAGGGCUCUUGAUACCUCCCCGAGAAUUCAUCAUGAAGAAGGCUGCAGCCGACGUAUGGUUCAAUUUCGAAGACAGGCUUGUGCCUAAUGGGCUGGAGAUCGCUUGCAGAAGUUUGAUGAAGCCGAAUAUGGCAGAGAUGUACCUCGUCUACCCGCUGGCAGCCAAGCGAGCAUAUCUGGAGAGGGAGGGAGUCUUGACAGGCCCCGGUAUGGUCCAGAAACCUUUGGGUCACUAUGUUGUGCCCUCGGGCGGAGAGGAGAAGGGCCGUGUGCGUGAGUGGCUUGCAUCUGUGGACGACACAAGUCCGGGUGCUAAACGUCAAAGGACGGUGUGA